GAAAUGAGGAGAGAGAAAAGGAGGAGAUGUAGAGAGAGAAAGGGAGGUGGUGGGGUGAAGGGGGCGGGGUGUGGCUGAGUGAUGUUGCAGAGAUUGUUACAGAGUUCUGGCAGAGAUGGGUUUUUCUCUUUAUCUGUGAAAUAAUUCAUUUCUUCAUACUCUCUGAUUUCCCCAAUUCUCUCUCCACUUCUACACAGUUAUGUAUUGCUUCGCGAUGUGAUUGAACGCCCAUCGCUUUUCUUUGCUUCAUCCUAAGAAUCCAAUCACUAAAAAGGGGAAUUCGAAUAUUUUUCCUCUUCAACUAUCAACAAUGUUAGCAUUUUAACGCCAUUCACCCAAAUUCAAGACGAGGGUUCCAUCUUUUCUUUCGUUUUGGUGUUGCUAGAAACGGGUUUUGAAGAUUCUUGCUACUACCCAGCCAUGGAAGCUGCAGCAAUGGGUUAAAACGAAGCCUGGGAAGACGGCAGCCAUGGCAUUUCCCGUCGAGCUCGUUAUUCUGGGUUUUCUCUUCUGUGCUACCAUCGGCGCGGUGGACUCCGAUGAUGGAGCAUCGUUGUUGGACAUAAAGAAAUCAUUCAGGGAUGUUGAUAAUGUUCUAUAUGAUUGGACAAGCUCACCUUCAUCAGACUAUUGUAUAUGGAGAGGUGUCACCUGCGACAAUGACACUCUCAAUGUCAUAUCUCUUAAUCUUUCAGGCCUCAAUCUUGAUGGGGAAAUUUCUCCUUCAGUCGGCAACCUCAAGGGCCUGCAAACCUUGGAUUUGAGGGGGAAUAGCCUUUCUGGGCAAAUCCCAGAUGAGAUUGGUGACUGUUCUUCAUUAACAAAUCUGGACUUAUCGUUUAAUAAAAUAUAUGGAGACAUACCCUUUUCCAUAUCGAAAUUGAAGCAGCUGGAAAUGCUUGUUCUGAAGAACAAUCGACUCAUUGGUCCGAUCCCAUCGACAUUAUCUCAGAUUCCAAACUUGAAGGUUUUAGAUCUAGCACAGAACAAUCUCAGCGGGGAAAUUCCAAGACUAAUUUACUGGAAUGAAGUGUUGCAAUAUCUUGGUCUGCGCGGCAACAAUUUGGUGGGCGCGCUGUCUCCAGAUAUGUGUCAGCUCACUGGCUUAUGGUAUUUUGAUGUGAGAAACAACAGUUUAACAGGCAGCAUACCUCAAACCAUAGGCAACUGCACAGCCUUCCAGGUCUUAGACCUGUCGUAUAAUCAUCUCACUGGAGAGAUACCAUUCAACAUUGGUUUUCUUCAAGUUGCCACGUUGUCCCUGCAGGGUAAUCAGCUAUCAGGUCCCAUCCCACCGGUAAUCGGUCUGAUGCAGGCGCUUGCCGUGCUAGAUUUGAGCUGCAACAUGUUAUCUGGUCCAAUCCCUUCUAUCUUAGGGAAUUUGACUUAUACUGAGAAACUGUACUUGCAUAGCAACAAACUCACCGGGUCCAUCCCGGCCGAGCUCGGGAAUAUGACAAAGCUCCAUUAUCUGGAACUGAAUGAUAAUCAUCUAACUGGGAAUAUUCCAGCCGAGCUCGGGAAACUCACCGAUUUGUUCGAUCUAAACGUUGCUAAUAACAAUCUUGAAGGACCUAUCCCUGAUAAUCUUAGCUCUUGCACAAAUCUCAACAGCCUAAAUGUUCAUGGAAACAAGUUGAAUGGAACUAUCCCGCCGUCUUUCGAGAGGCUAGAGAGUAUGACGUACUUGAAUCUCUCCUCUAAUGUUCUACGAGGUCCUAUUCCAGUCGAGCUAUCUCGCAUUGGCAAUCUCGAUACGCUAGACAUCUCAAAUAACAAAAUUAGCAGCACGAUUUCUUCAUCGUUUGGCGAUCUCGAACAUCUCCUAAAGCUGAAUUUAAGUAGGAAUCAAUUAACGGGGUCUAUUCCAGCUGAAUUUGGCAAUCUAAGGAGUGUAAUGCAAAUAGAUAUUUCACACAAUCAGCUCUCUGGGAUCAUUCCUCAAGAACUGAGUCAACUUCAAAAUCUGUUCUCCUUGAGACUUGAAAACAACAAUUUAUCGGGGGACGUGACGUCGCUGAUUAGCUGCCUAAGCCUUACCGAAUUAAACGUAUCUUACAACAAUCUGGGUGGUGAUAUUCCCACAAGCAACAACUUUUCUAGGUUCUCGUCUGACAGUUUUCUUGGAAAUCUUGCUCUAUGUGGAUAUUGGAAUAGCAACAACUAUCCCUGUCAUGUGGCUCAGACGACAGAGCGAGUGACAAUAUCUAAAGCUGUUAUCCUGGGAAUUGCUCUUGGUGUCAUUGCGAUCCUUCUGAUGAUCCUUCUAACAGUGUGCCGUCCAAACAACACAAUACCUUUUCCAGAUGGAUCACUUGAUAAACCAGUUACUUACUCAACUCCCAAGCUAGUGAUGCUUCACAUGAACAUGGCACUUCACGUGUAUGAGGAUAUUAUGAGGAUGACUGAAAAUUUGAGUGAAAAGUACAUUAUUGGAUAUGGAGCUUCAAGCACAGUCUACAAAUGUGUACUCAAGAACUGCAAACCUGUGGCUAUCAAGAAGCUCUACUCUCACCAGCCACAUAGCAUGAAGGGAUUCGAGACCGAACUCCAAACCGUGGGUAGCAUCAAGCACAGAAAUCUGGUCAGCCUCCAAGGAUAUUCCUUAUCUCCCUCUGGGAAUCUCCUCUUCUAUGACUACAUGGAAAACGGCAGUCUUUGGGAUCAUCUGCAUUGCUCUAGCUCUACCAGGAAGAAAAAGCUGGACUGGGACACUCGGCUCAAUAUUGCACAUGGAGCAGCUCAAGGGCUAUCAUAUCUACACCAUGAUUGUAGCCCUCGCAUUAUCCACAGGGAUGUCAAGUCAUCAAACAUUCUGCUAGACAAGGAUUUUGAAGCUCAUCUCACUGAUUUCGGUAUUGCCAAGAGUUUAUGUACCUCGAAGACUUAUACGUCCACUUACAUCAUGGGAACUAUUGGAUACAUUGAUCCGGAGUAUGCUCGUACUUCCCGACUUACUGAAAAGUCCGAUGUUUACAGCUUUGGCAUUGUGUUACUUGAAUUGCUCACAGGAAGGAAAGCUGUGGACAAUGAAUCAAAUCUCCACCAAUUGAUCUUAUCAAAAGCAGCCAACAAUGCUGUAAUGGAGACAGUUGAUCCUGAAAUAACUGCAACUUGCAAGGACCUUGGAGCUGUAAAGAAGGCGUUUCAGCUUGCUCUCCUUUGCACCAAGAGGCAGCCAUCCGAUCGACCGACGAUGCACGAAGUAACGCGCGUCAUUGAGAGUCUUCUGCCCUCUGCCACAGUGCCAAAACAAACACCAACCAUGCCCCCAUCUGCAAAAUCCCCUUGCUACAGGGACGAGUAUACAAAUCUAAAAACGCCGCACGUGCUGAACUGCCCAUCCAUGAGCACGUCAGAUGCCCAGCUUUUCCUCAAGUUUGGAGAGGUUAUAUCACAAAACAGUGAGUAAUAAGCUAGGCAAACCUCUACAACUUAGAGUGCCAUCCAAGAAGGGUUGGCUUUGUGGGUAAGACUUGAAAUCCUGUAUAAAAGAUUUAACAACCAUCUUGUUUUAAUGUGUAGUGUAAGCUAUAAAAGUAGGAAGCAGCAAAGCAUGGACAUAUAUAUGCAUGAUGUAUUGGUUGAUCUAGAUGUAGAAAUGAUUUUGGGAAGGAAAGAAUUAUUGUUUCAAUUAA